GUUACAAAUGGUUUCAGAAUCUAUGAAUGCAAAACAAGCUAGGAAUCGCUUCACAAAGGGGAAAAGGCAACAGCACCAGCAAAUAAAGAACAAAUCUUCACUUGGUGAUGGUGAUGGAGAAGACUCCUUUAUCUUUGAAGGAAAUGAAGCUUGGAAAGAUUUUCAUGGUUCUCUUCUUCAGCUUUAUGAAAAUGGAGAACUCUGUGAUAUCACAUUGAAGUGUGAACACUUUGUUCAUUUGCCGCUGUUGCCAGUUGAUUUUCUUAUGGGUGCUGUGGCAAAAGAACAGAUUGUCAAACAAAACCUAAAAUGUAGAGAUUUAUUGGAUGAAGCAAGAAAUUACCACCUUCACUUGAGUAGCAGGGCAGUACCUGACUCUGAAUACUCCUUUCGGACUACCCCAAGAAAACAUACUGCUGGUGUGCUAUUUUGUGUAGGUGGUCAAGGUGGAUCAGGUGACCCCUUUCGCUGUAUCGAAUGCUAUUCUAUCAACAAAAACAGCUGGUUCUUUGGACCAGAAAUGAACAGUCGAAGGCGACAUGUGGGUGUAAUCUCAGUGGAAGGUAAAGUGUAUGCAGUGGGUGGACAUGAUGGAAACGAACAUUUAGGUAGUAUGGAGAUGUUUGAUUGUCUCACUAUUAAAUGGAUGAUGAAGGCAUCACUGAACACAAAGAGGCGAGGAAUGGCCUUGGCCUCCUUGGGAGGCCCAAUUUAUGCAGUUGGAAGGUUAGAUGACAACACUUGCGUCAACAAUGUUGAGAGACGUGACAUAGAAUCUGAUCAGUGGAGUACAGUGGCACCAGUGAAUACUCCCCAUGGAGGAGUUGACUCUGUGGCUCUUGUGAACCAUGUUUAUGCAGUAGGUGGCAAAGAUGGAGUAGCUUCUCUAUCUAGUGUGGAGUGGUGUGAUCCACAUCUCGAUAAAUGGAUAGAAGUUAAAGAAAUGGGUCAGCGAAGAGCAGGCAGUGGCGUUAGUGAGCUCCAUGGUUGCUUACAUGUUGUUGGUGGCUUUGAUGAUAAUUCUCCUCUGAGUUCAGUUGAGCGGUAUGAUCCUCGAAGCAACAAGUGGGAUUAUGUAGCAGCCCUUACCACUCCCGGGGUUGGAGUGGGGAUCACAACAGUGAUGGGCAAAAUAUUUGCAGUUGGUGGUCAUAAUGGCAAUGCAUACUUAAAUACAGUAGAUGCAUUUGAUCCAGUGCUGAAUAGGUGGGAGCUUGUUGGACCUGUGUCUCACUGCAGAGCUGGAGCAGGUGUAGCUGUGUGUGCCUAA